AUGGAAACGAUCACAAACGUAACCAACGCUGCCGUCAAGGCCGUCUGGGGCACGUCCGAGACCAAGCAAGAGCCGGUCUCUGGCGUCCAGGGCGACACCGCCAAGGGCGAGGCCCUACGAUGCCGGCAACCUAGAGCCUUGCCAGACGAUAAUGAGAAGCAACUCCAAGACGCCAAGAACACGCUCGGCGCCGGCGCCGACCACUCACUGCCAGGAGGAGACUUUGACGCUGCGAAUGCCGGCGCUGCCAUGGAAGUCGACCGCCUGGUCAAGGAGGGUGGACACCCCGGCCCCAGCUCCCCAGGCACAGGCCUUGGCCACACAGAUAGCAAGGACAGCAGUGGUAGUGGGGAGAAGAAGAGCCUCAAAGAGAGGAUCAAGGCCAAGCUGCACAAGCACUGA